AUGGAUUUGAAUGGAAAUGGAAAUAGGAAUGGGUUUUUAAAAGUUGCGGACAAGUUUAAAGAGAGUGAUGUUUCAUUUGUUCGUAUAUUUUGGAUUACUCAUUCGGGACAACACAGAUCUCGUAUUAUUCCGAAAAAGCAUUUCUAUGAUACGGUUACGAAGAAUGGUGUUGCUUUACCACCUGUGACAAUAGUAAUGACUUCUUUACUGGAAAAACCUGCGCCUGGUUCUGGUGUGGGUUUUGUUGGUGAAGCAAGAGUAACACCUGAUUUGUCUACUACAAGGACAAUUCCAUGGUGUAAACAAGAUGAAAUGGUUUUGGGAGAUUUGAAUGUUAAACCUGAUCAAGCAUGGGAACAUUGUCCGAGAGAGGUCUUUAGAAGAGUUUCCAAAACUCUCAAAGACGAAUUUGACUUGGUAAUAAGUGCAGGAUUUGAGAUUGAGUUUUAUCUUUUAAAGAGCAUAACAACAAGGGAAGGAAAACAAGAAUGGUUAGAAUUUGACUCCAGUCCUUACUGCUGCUCAUCUGCACUUGAUGUUGCUUGCCCAAUACUUCGUGAAAUUGCAUCUGCUUUACAUUCCACGGGCAUUCAAGUAGAACAGUUACAUACAGAAACUGGAAAAGGUCAAUUUGAGCUGGUUUUGAAGCAUACCAUUUGUAAUAAAGCUGUAGACAACUUAGUUUACACACGCGAAAUUAUUAAGGCAAUUGCUAGGAAACAUGGCUUGCUUGCAACUUUUCUUCGAAAGUACAAUUUAGAUGAUGUGAGUUCUGGAAUCCAUGCGCAUAUAAGCUUAUGGCAGAAUGGCAAAAAUGUGUUUAUGGCAUCUGAUGAAUCCUCAACAUAUGGAGUAUCUACGUUCGGAGAAGAGUUUAUGGCCGGAAUUCUAUAUCAUCUUCCUUCUAUUAUGUCAUUCAUAGCACCACUUCCUAUCAGUUAUGAUAGGUUACAAUCAACAAUAUGGGGUUCGUAUUUGUUUUGGGGAAAUGAAAAUAAAGAAGCUCCAUUGCGAGCUUCGUCUUCGCCCGGAACUCCUGAUGGUUUGAAGAGUAAUUUUGAGAUUAAGUUAAUGGAUGGUUGUGCAAACCCAUACUUGGGCUUAUCGGCUAUAAUUGCUGCUGGCAUUGAUGGCCUUCGUCGACAUCUUACCCUUCCUGAACCUGUUGAUACAAGUCCAAAUCUUGAAACUCUUAAAAGAUUACCAAAAUCACUUUCUGAAUCCUUAGAAGCUCUCCAUAAGGCAUAUUUUCUUGAGGAAUUUUUUGGUGAUAAGUUGCUAACUGCCAUAAAAGCAAUUCAAAAGGUUGAAAUUGAUCAUUAUUCAAAGAACAAAGUUGCAUACAAAGAACUCAUUCAUCGAUAUUGA